GGACUUUACCCACAUUGUACACUCACCCCUCACCUGCUGUCUCCUCCCUGUGUCCAGGUUCUGUGGAAAGCUUCACCCUUCACAAUCAAGGACAUACAUGGAACAUCUUUGAGGAUUUAUUCUGAGAAUGGUUUUCAGUUUUUUUGAGACUAAAACAAUAAAGCCGUGUUUGAAUUCACAUAGAAUUAUGUAUGACCGGGCAUAUCAGUGGCCAAAUCAGCCGUGCCAGUGGCAACAGCAACAACAACAACAACAACCGCAGCAGCAGCAGCAACAUCUACAGCAGAAUACCCAGCCUGCAACCCCGCCUGUUGUCAUGCAGUCUGAAACUGCUGGUUACCCAAGCAACUACCAUCCGCAACAGGUUGACCAACAUGGUGGCCACCUUGGACAGAGGAAUCGUUCACUUCAGCCUUCUCAGAAUGGUUAUCGCAUGUACCAGCGAUAUUACCCCCGAGGUUACAACAGUCAAAACAUUCCUAGUUUCCGAUUCCCGGUCCGACUGCCGCUAUGCAAGUGCCAAAGCUCUGCAAGGACUUCUGACAAAAGAUUCUGACUGCGGAACCGGGGACAGUUCAGGUCAACAGUUCUCAGACUCUCAAGACCUCAAUGCCCAGUCCCUUGGUGCGGUCCCAUCCCUGGUGUCUCCGAACUCAGCGGGCGCCAUCAGCCAGUUCUGUGCCAUCUGCGGAGACCGGGCAACAGGGAAACACUAUGGUGCUGCUAGCUGCGAUGGCUGCAAGGGCUUCUUCCGCCGCAGCGUCCGUAAGAACCACGUCUACAGCUGCAGAUUUAGUCGCAACUGCAUCGUGGACAAGGACAAGCGCAACCAGUGUCGGUAUUGUCGACUCAAGAAGUGCUUCAGGGCUGGGAUGAAGAAGGAAGCUGUACAGAAUGAACGAGACCGAAUCAGUGUCCGGCGAACAAGUUAUGACGACAUCGCUAACUCUGGAGCACUCUCGGUCAGCACGUUGCUGAAUGCAGAGAUCCUGUCCAGACAGAUUGCCUCCCCAAUAAACGCAGACCUGUCGACCAAGAAGCUGGCAAACGUGAGCGACGUGUGCGAGUCAAUGAAGCAGCAGCUGCUGAUCCUGGUGGAGUGGGCCAAGUACAUCCCCUGCUUCUGUGAGCUGCCGCUGGACGAUCAGGUGGCGCUGUUACGUGCACACGCUGGAGAACAUUUAGUACUGGGUGUGGCAAGAAGAUCCAUGAGUCUGAAAGAUAUUCUGUUGCUAGGCAACGACUCCAUCAUUCCGCGAAAUACAACUGAUAUUGACAUUGUACGAGUUACAUGUCGAAUUCUGGAUGAACUUGUCAAGCCACUGAAGGAUGUCCAGAUUGAUGAUUCAGAAUUUGCUUGUCUCAAAGCUAUUGUUUUCUUCGACCCAGAUGCCAAGGGACUUACAGACCAGCAAAAGAUUAAAGCCUUCCGCUACCAGGUGCAAGUCAACCUGGAGGACUACAUCAACGACCGCCAGUAUGACUCCAGAGGGCGCUUCGGGGAGAUCCUGCUGCUUCUUCCAGCAUUGCAGAGCAUCACAUGGCAGAUGAUUGAACAGAUCCAGUUUGCCAAACUCUUUGGGAUGGCCAAGAUAGACAACCUCCUGCAGGAGAUGCUUCUGGGAGGUGCCAACACGGGGGAUUCCUCCUCCUCAUCUGCUCAAGCUGCUGAGUCCAGCAUCUCACCCCCACUGAUCGAACCCACGGUCUACCCCGAUGCCCUCGGCAAUGUGGUGCCACCUGGUGGUGAACAGAUAAACCUGACGCAUACCCUGGAACCAGACCACCUGACGGCCUCACACCCAGGAAGCACGAGUCCCAUGGCCCCUGGCUUGGAGCACCACUACAUGAGUGGGGGGUCAGACCAGGCCCCCUCCCCACAGAGGGUUCUCGGGAUGACAGAACCCCUCCCCCUUACUGUCAACCACACAAUGGAACACAUUCCUAAUGGCCACGGGCCAGACACUCCCGUUCCAUCACCCCCAAUGGCUAACAUGCAGGAUUCGUACAAGCUGUCAAGCAGUGUUGCGGCCCAUUUCAAACAGGAAGUGUCUUGAAGGGAUGGUUACUCCAGAAACUGCUUCUGAAGCAAGACUUUCAGUAACCUCUUCCCUUCAAGAGGAACAAACAUUGUACUGAUUUGUAUGUAAUUCACAUGUACUUGAGUACAUGGUGUGAAAUAAACAUUCAGCAAGGACCCAUAUGAAAGAUGAAAUCUAGUUUUACAAUGGACAUGUGACUGGACAGACACAUAGGUCUGAAAGCAUCGACUGUGUUGAGUUUCAUGGACAGGUUCUGCAGGUUUCCAGCAGAAGUACGGGUGUGAUGCAGUCUCAUAUAGAAGAUGGGUUCAGUUCCAGGAAUAGCUUCUCUGGAAGAUCUCAGGACACCAGUGUGUUGACUACAAGGCAUAAUUGUACUCCCUUUAGCUUAAUAUCUUGCACAUGUAACUAACCAUUAUUGACUAGUAGCUCAUCAACAGUGCCAUCCCCAAGAUUACUAGACAUUUGGACUCGUAAUCUUUCUACAAUGCAAUCCCAUAAAUCACAAGCCAUUAUUGGACGAUGCGCCACCAAUUGAAGCAUUGUGUAGGUAAAAACACUGAAUGCUAAAUGUAAUGGCAGCAUCAAUAAUCGAAAUCAAUAUUGUAAUUGUAUGAUUCAUGAUAUGAACUAGAUGUGUAUGUAGAGACUGAAUGGGGUCGUGAGUCCAGGUAUCGCCACUUGCACCGGGCAGGCAGCUGUUUCCAACAAUGGUGUGUGAUAUUUGCUGUAUUAACACGCUUCACAUCAUACCCUGCAUUACGGCAGUUUACUUGUGUAUAAAUCACCUGCUGUAGUGCAGUGUUUAAUGGUGGGAUUAUACAAACUUCAGCUUGUAUAUUGGCCUGUUCAGGCUGUCUUCUAAUGGAUAUAUGCAUUUUGCUUGUAUUAAAGCAUCAAAGUAUGUUAUGAAUAUAUAUUUUAUGCACCUAUUUUUCUAGUGUGACUUUGACAUUUGGGCCAGUGCACCACGUUCAGUGUGUGCUGUACGAUGUGGUCAACCUGGGCUGCGUCUCCCGUGUUUAUGCAACGUCCGACGACAGUGCCUUUCGUGUCUACUGAGCACAAUAUGCCGUCAAUAUGCUUCACAUUUUAGACAUGUUAGACAAAUACUGUUUUAGUAAUUGACAGUGGUCAAGAGCCAACACAAUAACCUUUCUCAAUAGUUAAAGUGAUAUUGGUAGAGAUGACUAACUGUAUUUUAUAACUUUCUUAAGUAUGAGUGAGUUAAUCUGCUGCAGUUUGAUGGGGAUAAAUCUCUCUGACCCGGGUUCUCUUCCCCACAUAAACACAUUGUGUGAAGUCUGAUUGUCCCCCCCCCUCCUUUAAGAUUGCUCACUCUUCAAGAUGGGUAGUUGUCGUAGCCUCUUAUCUGCUGUAGCCUCUCUGGACAGCAGUGUGAGGAUGGGUGCCAACGUGGUCCAAGUUGUGAUGUCAGCUGAUGAAUCAGCCAUUAUUGUCAGAGGCUCUAUAGGUGUUAUAAUGCCAUUAUACAAUAUGUUAUUAACAGAUGGUAUAUAUAUAUAUAUUAUAUCUGGACAUUGGUCGUCAGUGCCUCUCUAAACAAUAUAGUGACCGGUGUCCAGUGUGGUGUAUGCCAUAUAUCAGUUGUACAUAACAAUAUAUCCUGCAGUAGGCAUCUGUACAUGAUAUACCAUU